GUCUUCAGCAAACCUCGAACCGGUUCAGUUACCGACGAGAUGUUGGCUUCCACAACACUGCUCCUGUGGGGAGUCGCCGUACUACUGUUGCUCUAUCGCUUGCUGCGUCCGCUAGCCGGUCGACCGGGGAAAAACUUUCCACCCGGACCACCGGAGCUGUUUCCGCUGUUGGGCGAUUAUGGACUGCUACUGCUGAUCAACGGGCGCCAUCUGCACAAAGCGGCCCUCGCGCUAGGUGAUUUCUAUCGCACCAAAAUCCUCGGCCUUUCGCUCAAAAACUUCCCCUCGAUCGUGGUGAAUGAUCUUGCGGUGGCGAAGGAGGUGCUGAACCGUAAAGUGUUUGACGGUCGGCCGGACCUCUACAUCGCCCGUAUGCGCGACAAAGACUUUAAUCGGCGCGGAAUAUUCUUUACCGAUGGACCGAGCUGGAAGGAGCAGCGUUGGUUCAUCCUGCGGUACCUGCGUGACUACGGGUUUGGCCGACGGUUUCCACAGCACGAGGCAGAAGUGAACAGUGAGCUACUGGUGUUAAUCGAUCUGUUGCGGUACGGGCCGAAGCAUGAGCAUGAGAAAGCGAUCAUGCGGGACGGGUACGUCAAGUGUCCGAACGUAUUCUUUAGCUGCUUUGCGAACGCGUUCCUGCAGAUCGUGUCCGGCGAGCGAUUGUCCCGCGAGGAAACGGGCGUGCUGUACGAUACUGGUUCGAAUGCAAUGGUAUUCCAACGUAACGGGGACGACUACGGAACCAUUCUCAGCUACUUUCCGUCGCUUCGCUACAUCUAUCCCUUCUCGCGCAAGUACAACUUGAUCCGGAAAGCGAGCCUUAAUGUGAACGGUUUCAUGGAGACGAUCAUCGACAAGUAUUUGAGCACGUUCGACGAAAACCACGUGCGUUGCUUCCUGGAUCUGUACUUCCGCGAGAUGGUGAAAUGCACUCCGCAGGAUCCGAACUUUACCUUCCAGCACGAUCAGCUAUUGCUCGGUUUGGUCGAUUUCUUCUUUCCCGCCAUUUCCGGCGCCACCACACAGGUGGCACUGCUGCUGGAACGUUUGCUGCACAACCCGCACGUGGUUCGGCGGAUGCAGCGCGAAAUCGAUGAAGUCGUAGGUGACGGUCGGCUGCCCACAUUGGACGAUCGCAGCCAGCUACCGUACACCGAGGCGACCCUGCGUGAAGCCAUGCGCAUCGAUACGCUCGUUCCGUCGGGAAUCGCUCACCGAGCCCAGGAAGAUACGACGCUGCGCGGUUACGACGUACCGAAGGACACGCUCGUGCUUCUCGGGCUGGAUGCGAUCCACAACCAGAAGGAGUAUUGGGGCGAUCCGGAAUGUUUCCGCCCGGACCGGUUCCUCGAUGAGGACGGUAAGCUUUGUCUGGCAAAGGAUCUUUCCGUGCCGUUCGGUGCUGGUAAGCGACUGUGUGCCGGCGAAACGUUUGCCCGGAACAUUAUGUUCUUGACGUUGGCAGCUUUGAUGCAGAACUUUAACAUACGCCAGCCUCCGAAUACGCGGUUGCCGGAUUUGAGCAAACGGAACACCGGUGUUAUUAUUGCGCCGGAAGACUAUUGGUUAAGGUUUGAGCCUCGAUGAAGUCGUGGGAUGAAGGGCUAACACAUAUAUUAUUACACAUAUUAUUCCCUAGAUUAUCUUAAGGGAAAUUAAGACAUGUUUGUUUCUAGUACUUCUGAGCAUACACUACUUGUAAAUAUCUCUAAUGUUUUGUUACAAAAUAAAAGAACAAAAAUUGAAACAACAA